AUUCAAGAUGUCUGCGCCCAUGAAAAAAUGCCGAAAAGUAUAAUUUACAUUCGCAGUAAAAAGUUCAGUAGUAAUUGAUUGAAGAUUUUAGGGGAAAAGUAUACAUACACAGUAGUAUUCAUUGAUUGAAGAUUUUAGGGAAUCUGUUCGAUACAAUGGUUAUACAGAGAAUAAACUAUUGUUUUGGAAAGAACUUGUACAGAAUAAAACAAAAAUGGAAUCCAGUUAUGACUUGGUGUAAAUAUUCACACAUGCUCAGUGCUAUUAGAGAGCCAUGUGGUAUGAUAAAGACCAGGAAAGGAUUACUAUUGUCCCAAUUAAGUAUGAGGUGUAGGACUCUUCAAACAUGUGUUGGUGCAGAAACAGUCUUAAAUUUUGGCAGACAUUGUAGACCAUUACAGAAUUGUUAUAGGAGAAAUAAACUUUUCAUUUUUACUCGAGGAUAUGCCUCUUUACAGAAUAUAGAUGAUGGCCUAUUGAUAAAAUAUUUGGACAGUUUGAAUAAGGAAUAUAAUGAUAUUUUCGAAUUAUACCAGACAGGAAAGAAAACAAAGGAAAUGGGUUCUAGAAGGGUAUUUUUAGAACCAAUUGUGGAUGUUUAUAGUGGAAUGAAAGAAAAAUAUAAAGAACUAGAGGAAUUAAAACUUCUUGUUGAAGAAGAUGAAGAAAUGAAGACAAUGGCAGAGGCUGAACUUGAGGCAAUAAACCAACAGAUAGAUGACAUGAAACAACAGAUUUUAGAUAUCCUCGUACCAGACCUGAAGUAUGAUAAGAAUGAUGGUAUACUGGAGAUAAACCCAGGAGUGGGUGGGGAGGAGGCUAAGCUAUUUACCUUAGACUUGUGUAACAUAUAUCCUCGUACUGGACCUGAAAUUUUAGAUAUCCUUGUACCGGACCUGAAGUAUGAUAAGAAUGAUGGUAUACUGGAGAUUAAUCCAGGAAUAAGUGGGGAGGAGGCUAAACUAUUUACCUUAGACUUGUAUAUCCUUGUACCAGACCUGAAGUAUGAUAAGAAUGAUGGUAUACUGGAGAUUAAUCCAGGAGUUGGUGGGGAGGAGGCUAAGCUAUUUACCUUAGACUUGUAUAUCCUCGUACCAGACCUGAAGUAUGAUAAGAAUGAUGGUAUACUGGAGAUAAACCCAGGAGUUGGUGGGGAGGAGGCUAAGCUAUUUACCUUAGACUUGUAUAUCCUUGUACCAGACCUGAAGUAUGAUAAGAAUGAUGGUAUACUGGAGAUUAAUCCAGGAAUAAGUGGGGAGGAGGCUAAACUAUUUACCUUAGACUUGUAUAUCCUCGUACCAGACCUGAAGUAUGAUAAGAAUGAUGGUAUACUGGAGAUUAAUCCAGGAAUAAGUGGGGAGGAGGCUAAACUAUUUACCUUAGACUUGUAUAUCCUCGUACUGGACCUGAAGUAUGAUAAGAAUGAUGGUAUACUGGAGAUAAACCCAGGAAUUUUAGAUAUCCUCGUACCAGACCUGAAGUAUGAUAAGAAUGAUGGUAUACUGGAGAUAAACCCAGGAGUCGGUGGGGAGGAGGCUAAGCUAUUUACCUUAGACUUGUGUAACAUGUACCAGAAAUAUAUCAGUUAUAAAGGAUGGUCAGUAGAGACAGAAACUUCAUUGUCAAAGGAGAGUGGUGGUUUGGCAUAUGCUAGAUUAUUAAUAUCUGGUUAUGAUGUUUUUAAAACAUUAAAGUAUGAAUCUGGAAUUCAUCGUGUCCAGAGAGUUCCUGAGACAGAACGUGGUGGGCGUAUCCAUACAAGUACAUCAGCUGUUUCUAUUUUACCACAACCAACAGAGAUUGACAUUGUAAUAAAUCCUAAUGAUCUGCAUAUAGACACAUUUAAAUCUAGUGGACCUGGUGGUCAGAGUGUCCAGAAAAAUGACACUGCGGUCAGACUUACACAUACACCUUCAGGUGUUGUAACUUCUAGUCAGGAAAGUAGAUCACAAAUACAGAAUAAAAAGAAUGCAAUGAACAGAUUAAGAGAAAAGUUAUACGAGAUUGAAUUUAAUGCACAGAUGAGCAAAAUGAAGUCUCAACGGAAAGUACAAGUAGGAACCAAAGGUCGAUCAGAGAAAAUAAGAACAUAUAACUUUCCUCAGAACAGAGUGACAGAUCAUAGAAUUCAUCAUACUUCUAAUAUCCAGGGCAUCUUAAAUGGAGAGGAUGUUCUGGAUGAAUUGAUAAACCAAUUACACGAGGAGUCUAGAAAAGAAACUUUAAUUGAAAUGUUACAAGAAUUUGAGUCAAAGGGAUCAUUAUAA